AAAGAUAAACAACUUCACCAACCAAGAAGAGCAAAGCAGCCUUCCAACAACAAUUAGGCUUCUUCUAACCUUACCAACCCUCUCCCAUUUCUCUAUAUAGUUUAUUCCAUCGCCCAAAUGAGGUCUUCAAUUGAAAACCCAACUCUGAAAUUUGAUAUAAAUCCCACCAAAUGACUGCUUCUUCUUCUUCUCUACUGGGUUCAUCAAGAAUUGGUUCAAGACCCACCAUUCCUGGACUUUAUUCUGAUUCACUCAACCCCACAUCAAUCUCUUUCUCAUCUAACCUCCGUGGUCUCUCUCUCAAAUCUUCAGGGUCAAAGAGACAGCUAUUCUCGCGUGGAACAGGUUCAGUUGUCAUAGUACAGAACAUGGACAGAGUUGAGGUUGAUAUCUCGCUCAGCCCCAGGGUAAAUUCAGUAAAGCCUUCAAAAACGGUUGCUAUUACUGAUCAGGCAACUGCCCUUGUGCAAGCUGGUGUACCUGUUAUUAGAUUAGCAGCUGGUGAACCUGAUUUUGAUACUCCAGCUCCUAUAGCAGAGGCUGGCAUAAAUGCAAUUCGUGAAGGUCAUACCAGGUAUACACCAAAUGCAGGUACAAUGGAACUUCGGUUGGCUAUUUGUCAUAAAUUAAAAGAGGAGAAUGGGCUAUCAUACACUCCUGAUCAGAUUGUGGUAAGCAAUGGGGCAAAACAAAGUAUUGUUCAGGCAGUGCUUGCAGUUUGUUCCCCAGGGGAUGAGGUUCUUAUUCCAGCUCCCUAUUGGGUAAGUUACCCUGAAAUGGCAAGGAUGGCAGAUGCAAUGCCUGUGAUUCUACCGACCAGCAUAUCUGAAGAUUUUCUAUUAGAUCCAAAGCUUCUUGAAUCUAAACUGACUGAAAAGUCAAGACUUCUGAUUCUUUGUUCUCCAUCCAACCCAACAGGAUCUGUUUACCCUCGGAAAUUGCUUGAGGAUAUUGCUGAGAUUGUGGCUAGGCAUCCGAGGCUUCUUGUGAUAUCAGAUGAAAUUUACGAACACAUUAUUUAUGCACCAGCAACUCAUACCAGCUUUGCAUCUUUGCCUGGUAUGUGGGAUAGGACUCUCACUGUAAAUGGUUUCUCUAAGGCCUAUGCAAUGACUGGUUGGAGACUUGGCUAUAUUGCUGGUCCUAAACGUUUUGUUUCUGCAUGUAAUAAGUUACAGAGCCAGUUCACAUCAGGUGCAAGUAGCAUAUCCCAAAAAGCAGCUGUGGCUGCUUUGGGACUGGGCUAUGCUGGUGGAGAAGCAGUUGCAACUAUGGUAAAAGCAUUUCUUGAGCGGCGAGAUUUCCUUGUCAGGAGCUUUGGGGAAAUUGAUGGUGUCAAAAUUUCAGAGCCUCGUGGAGCAUUUUAUCUAUUUAUUGAUUUAAGCUCUUAUUACGGCGUAGAGGUUGAUGGAUUUGGCACAGUCAACAACUCAGAAUCUCUUUGCCGGUAUUUGCUGGAUAAAUCUCAAGUUGCACUUGUCCCCGGGGAUGCAUUUGGGGAUGACACAUGUGUCCGUAUCUCCUAUGCAGCAUCGCUUUCGACCUUGCAGGCAGCUGUGGAGAGAAUCAAGAAAGCAUUGGUUACUCUCAGACCUCCUGUCACAGUGUAAUACAUGCAUCAGUAAUGUUUGUAGUCUGACCUGACACUCCAUAUUCUCUCAUUAUAUGUAUUCCUAAGUGCAUAUUUCUUCCAGAUCUUGAGAAAAUUCCUCUACACUGAAGUUAAUUUGUGUGAAAUUUCUUGGUUGAUGAUUGAAAUGAAAAUAAUUGAGUGUGA